GGGUUAGCUUGUAGGAUGGAAAUAGGGUACAACAGCAGUGGAGAUGGUGGCUCCGCUGUAGUAAGUCUUGCCGGAGGGAGGUAAAGAGGAUUGAAGGGGGGUUUCUGAGUUGUCUUCUGAAGUUUGCCUAUUUCUGAAUAAAAAUGGUAAUGACACAAGAAGAGAAUAAGGAGAGUGGGAGAAGAUGGUGGGUUACCACGCGUCCUUACCAGUGAGGGGGCUAGCUGGUAGGAUGGGAGUAUGGUAUAGCAGUAGCAGAGAUGGUGGCUCCGAUGCAGGCGGGUUCACGAGCUUUGUGGAGAAGCUGAGGUUCAGGAACUCUUCCAACUUGGUGUUCUUUGAGAAGGAAACGGAUGGCCAGUUUUUUGAUGUGGAUGGGUCUCUGACAGGCAAGAAUGGGUCCAAUGUUGCACCAUCGAGCAGCAUCUUUUUUGAGGACGAGUGCCCACCUGCACCCAGUCCAGCGUAUCGUGCAGCGGUUUUAUGCAAGCCAGGAGUUGACUUCUUCCGAGUUAUCGUUGAAUUCCAAGGGUACUCCGCAGUUUUCACAACUUCAAGAGGGAAUGACACAAGAAAGGUGAUCGCACCAUUCAUGCCAAUGAGUAACGUAAACUUGGCAGUGCUUCCAGGGCGCAAGCUGUAUGAUCUGACCUGGGGGGAGGACUGGAUUACGUGGCGGUAUAACCUUAGGGUGACAGCAGACAGAGCCUAUGCCUCCAAUUCAUACCUGCUUCUGCAGUAUCGCCUGGACAACGAGUGGCACUCUGUUCAGACCUGCCUGAAUAUUGGGUGUGACAAACGCAUGAUCGUGGACAGGGAAAUUCAACCAGAUGCUGAUCCUUCUGGUUCUUCACUUUACAACAAGACAUUACUUCCAAGCAACCAGACUGUUCUCACGGUUCUUUUCAGAGAGAAUGUGGGAGGGAUGAACAUAAUACCAAUUGCCUGUCCUGAAUGGGGAUGCAAUGCACUGCCUCCCGUUCCAGCACCCACGGCAUCAGUGCCAUCAGAGACACUAAUGUGGUCAGACCCGAACAUAUGGGCUGACCCCAUCGCUAGAACUAACGGAAAAAUGCCAGAAGCAGGUUCUGCAGUGCUCAUUCCAUCUCAUUGGAAUCUCACGCUGGAUAUUUCUCCUCCACCACUGAAAAACAUAACCAUCCAAGGUAGCUUGACCUUUGCAAAUCGAGACUUGAGGCUCAAGGUUGAAGCCAUACUCAUUCAAGGAGGGAAAUUGGAGAUAGGCACAAGGGAGAAACCGUUCACAAGGAAUGCUGUGAUUGAUCUUACUUCAAGCCGUAGGGGCACAAAUUUUCCUAUCUCAAAUAAUCUGAACUUCGGAAGAAGUUUCAUCGGCGUAUUGGGUGAGCUGUCCAUUCACGGCGUCCCUUGUGAACCUCGCUGGGCAAAAGUGGCAUCUCAUAAUGGCAAUACCAUUGGUGUAGAUGGGAACAUCUCCACAUGGAUGGAGGGGAGCUCUGUCCUGUUGACCUCGUCAAGAUGGAAUCCUGAUGAAGCGGAGGUUUCAGCAAUCAAGUCGAUCUCUGGCAACACCAUAUCUCUGCAUGACUCAUUGCCAUUGAACUUCACACACUCACCAAGAUUUGUCCAACUUCCGGAUGGUGGCAGAACCAUAAGUGUUGGCUCAGAGAUUGGAGUGCUGUCAAGCAAUGUGGUGAUAAUGAGCGAUUCAACAAGGGAUCGAUUUGGAUGCAAGAUACAUGUAGGUCGAUGGGGUGAUUACAAGGCAUCAGCAAAGAUUUCCAAUGUUCUCUUCAGGAACUGUGGGCAGGCAGGAGUCAACAGUGACAGCAUGAGUGGCAACGUAGUCAUUUUUGAUCGUCUUGCCGAUUUGGGGAAAGAGUCCUAUGUGCGCCACAGCAGCUUUUGGAACAACCAGAACAGUGCCAUCGUUGUGAGAGCCUCUAAUGGUGGAGGAGGAGGAGGAGGAGGAGGAGGAGGAGGCUACUAUGAAGGAGGGCGAGGGAGAGCAGUAAGAGGAGGAGGAGGGGGGUGGAGGAAGAUGGAGCAGGAGGGCACUACAAUCGAGGAGGAGGACACCUCGCUACCACAUCUUCAUGUCCCUUGCUUCGGACUUGCGCAUCAAUUGCUAGAGAAGGAUGGAGGAGGAGCGGGAGAAAAACUACGAGGGGGAUGGAGCAGUAGGAGAAGGACGAGGAGGGUGGAGGAGAAGGGUGUGACGAUGGAGGAAGAGGAGGAAGAAAAGAGGAGGAGGAGGCGGCGCACGAGCAGGGCAGGAGGAGGAGGACGACGACGACGACGGCGACAAGGAGGAGGAGGAGGAGGACAAGGUAGGACGAGGACAAGGUGCGAGAUGAGGAAGCCGAGAAAAGAAGGAAGAGAAAUGGCCGUGGUGCACUACGUGGCAGCAGUCAGGAGGAGGAGGAGGACCGUCGACCAGAAGGAGGACAAGGUGCAAUAUGAGGAGUCCGAGAAGGAGGAGGUGUGAGACGAGGAGGGUGAAGAGGAGAUGAAAGGUCGGCUGAGGUGCGAAGUUUGUUCCAAGCAGCCCGCGUA